ACAGAAAAACACAGAAUUGUUGGAAUUUUUGAAGAUUUAUUAAAAAAGAAAAACUGAAAUAUCACAUGGUCCUAAGUAUUCAGUGGGAAUAAAUGAUUAAUCAGAUUUUCUGGCAUCUUACUCGGAGUUGGGUUGCUAGGCAGAGCUCUGCAUUAAGCGAGCACGCGCACGCCGCUGAUUGGCCAAACAUUGGGCAUUAGCGGCGCGAGGGGGGAUGCGCUGUCUUCUGCGUGGCACUCUCGUAAAGAAUAAACACCGCGCUAAAAUGUUACACAUGGUGAGGACUUGCAGACGAUAAACUGAAUAAUCUAACGACCUCUACUUUUGUUUGGGAGUUUAUUCGAGAAGGAAACCUCUUAAAAGAUUGAUUGACACACCAAGCAGGUGUGUCCAGCUGCAUACUGACAUCAUAGGAGUCUCUCUGGCUUCACAGUCAUGAGUGAAGGGGCAUCUGGAGACAUCACUGGUCUGGAGCUGGAGGGAGCGACUGGGACAGAGGAGACCCCAGUGAACACGCUCCAGAGGUCAGCAGAGGAGGAGGGAACCACCACCAGGAGGAAAAAGAAGAAGAAAAAGAAAGAGAUCGUCUACCGCUCUGACCUGGAGGUGGAGGAUGCUGGGGAGGGAACCUCGGCAGAUGUGGACGGAAGCUUUAGUCCUGGACUUUACGAAGAUGAAGAGGAUAUCCCUCCUGACAGCCGUUACGUGACCCUGGCUGGCACCAUCACACGGGGAAAGCGGAAAGGCCAAAUGGUAGACAUCUAUAUGACGCUUACAGACAAAGAGCUGAGAGACAUUGCACGCUCCAAAGAGCGUCUAGAUGCAGAAUGUGAUGGGGCUGCAGAAGCCAAGCAAAAACCCUGCGCGCUGGGGGUCAGCCAGGGCCCUCAUGUUCUCCUCUGGAGCCUUUCCUGCUCUCCAUUCGUCUUCUUUCUCUCCUUCAUCACAUUGUUUUACUAUGGAACGCUCACCUGGUACAAUGUCUUCCUGGUUUACAAUGAGGAACGCAGCUUUUUGCACAAAAUCACGGUGUGUCCCUUGCUCAUUCUGUUAUACCCAGUGCUGAUCAUGACGUUGUGUGUUUGUAUGGGGGUGUAUGCCGCCUUGACCCAGCUCUCCUGGGUUUUUGGAGAAUGGUGGCUGGCGGUGAGGGACCUGGAGAAGGGCUUCUGUGGGUGGAUUUGUGGGAAGCUGGGGUUGGAGGACUGCGCCCCAUACAAUGUGGUUGAGCUGCUGGACUCUGACACUCUGUCCGGGACCCUCCAGGAUAAGAGGAUGGAAGAUGCUGAGAGCACUUCUACUUUGUGAACUUGAAAAGAAGGAAUCAUUUUCGACAGCAUUUAACUUGUUUUCAAACCCGAGCAAUCAUAUUCAUUUUGUGAUGAUUCACCCAACAAAUAAAACCUCACCCCUAAUGUUGUUCCAAACCUUUUGUGUGGAACACAAAAUAAGAUAUUUUGAACACUGUUGAUAACCAAACCACAGUUUUAUAGAUGUGUACAUGCUGAUAGAGAAUUAUCAAUUAAUUAGUUAGAAACAUACUGUGUUUUGGCUGUUUAUUGUAAAAUAUCAUAAAACAAUGAAAUAUGGGGCCACGUUACUCUAAGAAUUCAGAACACUAUCUUUCCAUAUCCAAUCAAAAAAAAAAA